UACAUAAAAGAAUGUGAUCUAUUUAAUAGAUCGUAAAAUAUCACGUAUCAUGCUAUAUGUGUAGUUCGUGAUUCUUAUUGUCAGUAAGAAAGUCUAUGUACUUUUUCAAUUAAAAUUUCAUUUAUUUAUUGAAAAAUAAAUAUAAACAUGCCGACGUAUGAAAUGCCAUUAUUAUUACGAUUAGCAAAUAAGGCAGAAUGUGUAUCUAUUUUACAAGAUAUAGCAAAAUCAAUAUUUGAAACAGGUGGAUUUAUUAGAAAGAUUGAAAAUUGGGGUGUUAAGCAACUUCCAUGUAAAAUAAGUGCUCAUGAUAAUGUUCAUAUACAUGCAAACCAUUUCAUGUUUUGUUUUGAUUCGCCACCAUCUCAAGUUAUUAAGAUUCAAGAAGAUUGUAAAAGAAAUAGAAGUAUAAUUAGAGUAAGGAUAUAUACACAAAAUGUGCCAUCUGGAAAUUUAAAAUGCACAUUUGAAGAAGAAAUGUUACCUCCAUCUUAUAGACCUAGUGUUCAGAAACUUUUGGAACAAGCUAAGAAACACAAGCGUUAUCAGACUAAAUUCAAAUAUAAUUCUGGUCUUGAUUAUUAUCCUUUCAUGAGAUGAAAGAAUUAUUUGUUCGUUACAUAAUAUAUGUUGUUUAAGAAUAAAAUAUUGAUUUGUUUAAGAAUAAAAGUAAAUAAAAUAAAAAUUAAUAAGAGAAAAGAUCA